CGGGAACUACUCUGAAACCUGUCGUUUCCAAAUAUUUCGUACUCACUUCGUUUGCAGUUCAAGAAAAUCGUCCAUCUCCAUUUUCAUCUGUUAAAAACCUUAAAAAAGAGACUGUAAAAACCUCAUAUUCUCAUACGCAUUCUCCUCUGUUCUUCACUUACCUAAUGGACACAGACGAGAACCAAGAAGAAGCACUCCGUCUAAAAUCAAUAGCAGAGAGCAAUUACAAAGACUCCCACUUGAAAACAGCUCUCAAAUACGCCAAGAAAGCCCACAAACUCUCUCCAAAUCUCGAAGGUCUCUCUUCAAUGCUCACAUCUUUCAAAAUCCUCCGUGCCGGUGCCGCCAAUUCUGAUGAUUUCAGAGACUGGUACAAAGUUCUCCAGGUAGAACCCUUCUCUCAUGCUAACACAAUCAAGAAACAGUACAAGAAAUUAGCUUUAGUUUUGCACCCUGACAAGAACCCUUUUUUAGGAUGUGAGGAUGCUUUUAAACUUGUGGGUGAAGGGUUUAGGGUUUUGUCUGAUAAGAUUAGGAGGAAAGAGUAUGAUAUGAGGUUGAGGAUUAAGCUUCAAGAUGAGAGGGUUAGUAUUAGUAAUGAUGGCGAUGAGACUUUUUGGACUGCUUGUUUAAGGUGUAGGCUUUUGCAUCAGUUUGAGAGGAAGUAUGUGGGGAAUGUUUUGAUUUGUCCUAGUUGUAAACAGGGUUUUGAGGCUGUGGAGGUUGUUGAAAAAACUGAGAAUGAUAAUGGGGUUAGAGUUAGUGAGAGGUUGAAGAGAAAGGUUGCUGCUUAUGAGGAACAAAAAAUGGGUAGAGUUGAGGAACUGCGUAGUGGGGAUUUGAGGAAGAAAGCAAGUUCGGGUGAUGCUCAAUUCCAGAGUCGGAAAGCGAAAGGUGUGAAUUUGGAGGAGAAAGAGGGUGGCUUUGGAGAAUGGAGUGGCGAGAGACUGAGGGGUGGAGGCUUGAGGAAGAGAAUGAGUACUGUCGAGGAGGUCCUGAAGAGAUCAAAGCCGAAGAAGGUAAUUUUUGCUGAUGAAACGAUGACAUUAGCAGAGAUGCUGUUGGAUGCGAAGAAAAAGGUUCUCCAACAGAAAGCAAAAUUUAAGGAGAAGCAGAAGGAUGGGGCAAAGAACAGCAAUGAAAAAGAGAAGGAAAAACUUGAUGUCUUAGAGAAGCUUAGCAACAUGAAGAGUAAGAAAAGUGAAGCUUCUAAGAAGAGUGUGGCAACGGUACUGGAGGUGAAAGACAGUGUGCAUAAGAGUAGUGAUUUAGAAAUUGAGAGCUGGAGUAGAUCCAGGAAGAGCGCAAGUUGGAGCAUUGAGCGCCACACAAAUUUGAGUAAUGGGGAUUUGGAGGUAGUGGAUACUGAGGAUUUAGACUUGCAUGACUUUGAUAUGGAUAGGGCAGGAAACAAAUUUAAGAAAGGGCAAGUAUGGGCUAUAUAUGAUGAUGAGGGCCUGCCGAGACGUUAUGGUUUGAUUGAUGAUGUUGUUUCUAUGAACCGAUUUUUGAUAAAGUUGAUUUGGUUGGAUCGGCAAAGCAAUGCAGAUGAAGGUGCAAUUUGUUGGGAGAAAAUGGGAUUUCGUAUAUGCUCAGGGAGAUUUAAGAUUUCCAGAAGGACAACAAUUAAUUCCCUAAAUAUUUUUUCACAUGUUGUGGAUUGUGAAAGGGAAGCAAGAGAAGUUUUUAGGAUUUUUCCGAAAAAAGGUUCAGUAUGGGCACUUCAUAAUGAAAUGCAUUUGGGUGCAGAAGAAAGAAACGUCUCAGCUAGCAAUAAGCAAUGCUAUGAAGUUGCUUUGUUCUUAACCACUUAUAGUGAGAUGUAUGGCAUGAGCAUGGCCUACCUUGUGAAAGUUGAUGGGUUUAAUAGUGUAUUUACAAGACGUGAAAUUGGAUCUCAUGCUAUAAGAUGGCUCGGAAAAGAUGAUGUUCGGUUACUUUCACAUCAGAUUCCUGCGAGGAAGCUUUCUAAUGAUGAAGUCCCUGAUCUUUUCAAAGACUGUUGGGAACUUGAUCCUGAAUUACUUCCUUGAAAUCUGCUUGACACUGACCGAGGAAGAUGAUUGGGUGUUGAAAUAUGAUAAUCUCUUUGUAUAGUUUUUUUAUGACCGGUCUUCAAGGUAGAAAAUGCUUUCAAUGACUAUCACACAUCCAGUGAGGUACUUGUAUUAUUGGCCGAUUUUGUUCUUCUGUGGCUGAGUGAGGUGCUGCAUUUCAGUAUACUUUAUUUAUAAUGUAUCUAUACAUGUCUGACCCUUUGUAUUUUUUACACUGAUCAAAAUUCAUUUGAAAUUAUCUUAAAAAUCCAUGCCCACAUACUCGCAUGAAAGGGUUAUUUAUUACAGUAUCAUGUUAUUAGCUAGAGAAUUUAUCAGAACAUGAAAGACUCAUUUAUGAUAGUUGAUUUCCUAUAUAGAUACUCGGUAUGUAUCCAUGUGUAGCAUUGGAUUUCUGCAGCAAGUACUUGUGCACUGGCAUUCAUUCUAUUUAAUUGCUGAACAAAUACAAAGGCGUAGUUAAUCUUUGAUCUAUAUACGGAUUGAUUAACAUAAUUAAACCAUGAACUUUACGUUGAUAUAGUUUGUUGAUGUAGUCUAUACCUUCCAAAGGCAAAGUCUGAGUCUAAGUAAUUAUCUGAGCCCAUAUAUCUCUAAGCGGAGAUGCUACAUUGUUUAUAUAUUUUAUGGAAUCCAGUAGCUGCAGAGAGAUUGCCUAUAUAUGUAAAAGAUAACUGCCAUCACUUCAGUCUUCAACUAUCCUCACUGGCUGAUUUUUUUCAGGAAAAAAGAAAAACAAAGAGAAUCGCAAAUUUUUGAAAAAGGAAGAAUGUGGUUGUUUUGCAGGAAAGUCCAUCUGGUUCUCAUUAUCUUCAACAACCAAACAAGUUACUCAAGGGAUUGUUGGCCCAGGUUUCGUUGCCAUUGUUACAGGUGGAAAUGACACAAUACAAUCGUUUUAUAUGCGAGGUCACUCAAAUAAACUCCAAUAGGAUGCACUUUGCUGUAGCUUUUGCUCUAUGUUUGUUGAUUUGCUACUAUGGAGGCUCUGUUUUUGCAAACUCGGUGCUACUUUAUAGCAACAGGUUUCUUUUAUUUUCCUUUGGGUUUGGUUUUUGCAUUCUUCAAUGUUUACUGUUGAAUUGGUAGAACAUUACAGAAUUAUAGGUUUCAUUGAUAGAAAUUAGAAAAUAUAGAUUUUUGUUUGGAUUCUUUUGACCUUCAACGGAUUACCAUGUUCGUCA